CGGCCGGCGCUGUCCCGGUGCUGAACGCGGCCAUGAGCGGCGGCGUCUACGGCGGCGACGAGGUCGGGGCCCUGGUGUUCGACAUCGGCUCCUUCUCGGUGCGUGCGGGCUAUGCCGGCGAGGACUGUCCCAAGGCGGAUUUCCCCACCACGGUGGGGCUGCUGUCCCCGGACGAGGUGUCCCUGGAGCUGGACGGGGACAAGGACAAGAAGGGUGGCAAGGUCUAUUACAUCGACACCAACGCCCUGCACGUGGCCCGCGAGGGCGUCGAGGUCCUGUCCCCCCUCAAGAAUGGCAUGAUCGAGGACUGGGAGUGCUUCCAGGCCAUCCUGGACCACACCUACGGCAAGCACGUCAAGUCGGAGCCGGGGCUGCACCCGGUGCUCAUGUCCGAGGCGCCGUGGAACACGCGUGCCAAGCGGGAGAAGCUGACGGAGCUGAUGUUCGAGCACUACAACAUCCCGGCCUUCUUCCUCUGCAAGACGGCCGUGCUCACCGCGUAUCCCGGCGUCACCGAGUGCCACCCCCGGGCCACCCGCUGCCACCUCCGGGUCACCCCUGGGCCACCCUCUGCCAUCUCCGGGUCACCCCUGGGCCACCCUCUGUCACCUCCGGGUCACCCCCGGUGUCACCUCUGGGUCACCUCUGGGUCACCUCCAGGUCACCCCCGGUGUCCCCCCAGUGUCACCUCCAGGUCACCCUGCAUCACCCCCAGUGUCAUCCCUGGUGUCACCUCUGUGUCACCUCCAGGUCACCCCAGUGUCACCCUUGGUCACCCCCGGUGUCACCUCUGUAUCACCUCUGUGUCACCUCCGUGUCACCCUGCAUCACCCCCAGUGUCAUCCCCGGUGUCACCUCUGUGUCACCUCCAGGUCACCCCAGUGUCACCCUUGGUCACCCCCAGUGUCAUGUCUGUGUCACUCUGGGUUGCUCCAAUGUCACCCUGGUGUCGCCCCUGGUGUUACCCCAGUGUCACCUCCGUGUCACCCUGCAUCACCCCCAGUGUCACCCCCGGUGUCACCUCUGUGUCACCUCCAGGUCACCCCCGGGUCACCCUUGGUCACCCCCGGUGUCAUGUCUGUGUCACUCUGGGUUGCUCCAAUGUCACCCUGGUGUCGCCCCUGGUGUUACCCCAGUGUCACCUCCGUGUCACCCCUGGUGUCACCUCUGUACCCCCCCAAUGUCACCCCCGGUGCCACCCCUACCCUGGGGCGUGUCUGGUGGGUGCAGCCAGGGCUGUUGGGCGUGUCCAGGAGGGGUUGGGUGUGUCCAGCAGGGCUGGGUGUGUCCGGGGCUGUAGGGCGUGCCUGGUGGGUGUGUCCGGGGCUGUAGGGCGUGACCAGUGGGUGUGUCCAGAGCUGUAGGGCGUGACCGGUGGGUGUGACCAGGGCUGUAGGGCGUGCCCGGUGGGUGUGACCAGAGCUGUAGGGCGUGCCCGGUGGGUGUGACCAGAGCUGUAGGGCGUGCCCGGUGGGUGUGUCCAGAGCUGUAGGGCGUGCCCGGUGGGUGUGUCCAGAGCUGUAGGGCGUGCCCGGUGGGUGUGGCCGGCGCGGGCCCCGCCCCCAUUGCGGCUGUGCCCCUUGAC